AUGUCGUUCCUCGGUGGCGCGGAAUGCUCUACCGCGGGAAACCCUCUGACUCAAUUUACCAAGCACGUCCAAGAUGACAAGUCGCUCCAGCGCGACCGACUCGUGGGCCGCGGGCCCGGCAUGCAAGAGGGCAUGCGGUCGCGGGGCAUGAUGGGCGGACAGGACCAGAUGAUGGACGACUUCAUGCAGCAACCGGGCCAGCAAAUACCCGGUCCGUCCCCGCAGCCGUUUGCCAUGGAGCACAUGCGGCGCGAGCUCGAGAACUUCCAGACUGCACCGCCUCGCACGGGGUCGCCCGGAUGGGCGGCGGAGUUUGAUGGCGGCGAGCAGGCUCGCAUGGAGGCGGCCUUUCCCGGCGCGGCACAGAUGAACAACGGGUCGGGUUUCACGCCGGCCGAAUUUGCGCGCUUCCAGCAACAAGGCAGGAUGUCCAGCCCGGCGACCUCCGUCACACCGCCCGCGAUGGCCGGGUAUCAGCGCCCGAUGGGGAUGGGUGGCUAUAUGGGAGGCAUGGGAGGCAUGGGCGGAAUGGGCAUGAUGCAACCGUCAUAUGGCGGACCGAUGGCGAUGCAGCAGCAGCCCGUGGAGGGACAGACGCAGGAUAAGGGCAAGAACCGGAUGGUAGAACUGGACGACGAGAACUGGGAGGCUCAGUUCGCCGAGAUGGAGACGGCUGGCAAUGAGACGCGCACGGACGACGAGGCCAAUGCGGCGAUGGAGGCAGAGCUGAACGAGCUGGACAGGUCAGUGCCCAAUUCAGAAUUCGAGGCCGUGUGGCAACGGGCCCAGACUGAGACGGCGACACACAGAAAACUCGCCGAGGAGGUAGAUGACUUUGAGGUUACCGAUAGCUUGCAUGUCGGGGACUUGAACGACUGGGAGGGCUUUGAUAGCCUUAACACCCGCUUCCGGGAUCCGCAGCUGGGCGAUUACAUGUUCGAAGAGGACAAUGUCUACCAGGCUGUCAACAACCCGUUUGAGGAAGGUGUGAAGAUCAUGCGCGAGGGCGGCAAUCUGUCGCUAGCAGCAUUGGCGUUCGAGGCUGCUGUUCAGAAAGACCCGCAACAUGUGCAAGCUUGGACGAUGUUGGGUUCGGCGCAGGCGCAGAACGAAAAGGAGCUACCGGCCAUCCGGGCACUGGAGCAGGCUCUCAAGAUCGAACCCGGGAACUUGGACGCACUGAUGGGUCUGGCCGUCUCAUACACCAACGAAGGUUACGACUCAACCGCUUACCGCACACUCGAGCGCUGGCUAUCCCAUAAAUACCCGCAGAUCAUCAACCCGAAUGAUGUGUCUGGUGAUGCCGACUUAGGAUUCACAGACCGGCAGCUCCUGCACGACCGCGUUACAGACCUUUUCAUCCAAGCAGCCCAGCUCUCUCCCUCCGGAGCACAGAUGGACCCAGACGUGCAAGUCGGACUCGGCGUGCUGUUCUACUGCGCAGAGGAAUACGACAAAGCCGUCGACUGCUUCUCAUCCGCCCUCGCCUCAACCGAGUCCGGCAGCACCAACCAGCGCGAGCAGCUCCAUCUCCUCUGGAACCGUUUAGGCGCGACACUCGCCAAUUCAGGCCGCUCGGAAGAAGCAAUCGAGGCAUACGAGCAAGCCCUCACCAUCAACCCGAACUUCGUGCGCGCCCGUUACAACCUAGGCGUGUCCUGCAUCAACAUCGGCUGCUAUCCGGAAGCCGCGCAGCAUCUGCUCGGCGCGCUGUCAAUGCACCGCGUCGUCGAACAAGAGGGCCGCGAGCGUGCCCGCGAGAUUAUCGGCGACGGUCAAGGUCCUGAUGGUCUGGACGACGAGCGGCUCGAACGCAUGCUGCAUAUCAGCCAGAACCAGAGCACGAAUCUGUACGAUACACUGCGUCGGGUCUUCAGCCAGAUGGGACGUCGCGAUCUGGCGGAUCAGGUUGUUGCCGGUAUGGAUGUGAACGUCUUCCGCAAGGAAUUUGAGUUUUAG